UUAUUUUUAUGCAUAAUGAAAAUAAACAUUAACUUUACAUUUUUCAGCUUGUUACUAGUGCACAGGAAUCCAGCAAAAAAACUGAUGAUGGAAUUUGUUGAGGAUCUGCCUAUAACAGAUCCUGCAGGACGCAGUACUGUAUCUCAAAUGUUGAGAUUCCAAGAUGAAGAAAAAGAAAAUCAAAACAUGUCCCAAGCAUCAAUAAUAUCACAGAAGCUUGAUACGUCUCCAUUACAAACAGCCAGUGUGCCAAAGGGGAUACAAAGGGAGUUUCCACAGAGAACGUCUCCUGAGUGUGGCACUGCAUACUGUUCCAUUGUACCCACCAGCUCCUUUUACAACAAAGGGAAGCAAUAUCUAAACCUACUGGAGAGGAAACUAGCAAACGAAAGCCAUCCUCUGAAUCCAAUAAAUGAUGUCGGAAACCUACCUAUUGCCAACAAGACUGAGACAACACAGCUGAAAGUGAUGACAACCAAGAGCAGAACUUCAAAAACAUCCAAGCGCCCUGCUGCUUCUAGGAAGGCCAAGGCUUUGCCAAGAAACAUCAAAAAAGCCAAGGUGGAGGUGGUGCUUCCCAAGCCGGUGGAGGGGAACAAGGAUGCUAACUGUGCUAUUGAAAAUAAAGUGGAGACUCCUUUUAAAGUAUUAAGCAUGAAAUUCAAACCUGUGCCGAAACUCCAGACGGGGGCAGCAUUCUUUGCCACUGGGAAGAAAUGGCAGUCUGGCUCUAAGAAGAUACUUUCAUCUCCACCGGCCCCCUGCUCAUUUAGCAAGCCCACAGUGAAAGAGAGACAGGACAGACACCUGACUCAUUCCAAGCUCCACUUGUCCACUGAAAGAGAAGCAACUGGAGCAGGCAGGAAAGGAAGCCCAGAAGAGACAAAACACGAUCGUGUAGAAGAUGGUGUGAAAUUGAUUUGCAAUACAAACCAGGAGACUCUGUGUGAAGUGAACCUGUUGCAAGAUACCAGCCUCCUCCAAACGUCUCAUUCUGGUUGCUCAGAGACUCUGGUAGAAAAGGAAACUGAUGCUGGAACUCAGGACCCUAAAGAAAUCUUGCAGGAAUCACCAAAAAAUGUGGACAAGCACAAGACUGCCUCUUCCAGCAAGCUUUCUAGUACGAUAAUCAAGGAUAUAAAGCCAUCUUCAGCAAGUGACACCCAUCCAUUUUUCAAUACACCUUCCAGCAACAAAAAAAGGCCACACAGUCUCUCAGAUGAGCAGUCUUCAGCUGUGGCAUUAAGUCCAGUAGGACGGAAGGUCCCUGCCAUUCUGAGAACCAGCAAGAAGACAAAGGGACUGAGCAAAGAUCAGAUGAUCAUUGAUGCUGGCCAGAAACAUUUUGGUGCCACGGUCUGUAAAUCAUGUGGUAUGGUCUACUCAGCUGCAAGCCUAGAAGAUGAAACACAGCAUGCCCAGUAUCAUCAGCGGUUCCUUGAAGGAAUAAAUUAUGUGAGCUGGAAGAAUGAACAUGUCGCUGCAGAAUUCUGGGAUGGAAAAAUUGUCCUGAUUCUUCAGGAUGAUCCAAAAUAUGCCAUCAAAAAGGCUGAAGCUGUACGGGAACUUGUAGAUAAUGAGCUUGGAUUUAAACAAGUUGUGUUGCGCUGUCCAACCCAAACAUACCUGUUUGUAUCCACUGAAAAGAAGAUUGUUGGCUGCUUAAUUGCUGAGCCGGUCAGACAGGCUUACCAAGUGCUUUCAGAGCCUACAACAAUGUCAGGGUCUCCUAGUGACAGUCUGGAGCAUCAGCGUGCCUGGUGCUGCUCAACAAAGCCAGAGAAGGUGUUCUGUGGGAUCAGCAGAAUCUGGGUGUUCAGCCUGAUGCGGAGAAGAGGCAUUGCCAGUCGUCUAGUGGAUGUGAUGAGACGUACGUUCUUAUUUGGCUCUUUCUUAAACACCAACGAAAUUGCUUUUUCUGAUCCCACACCAGAUGGCAAGCUAUUUGCAGCCAGGUAUUGCCGAACACCCAACUUCCUUGUUUAUAAUUUCAUUAGUUGAGGGUGUCUUCCUACAGCAUGAGCUCCCCUUCUACGAUGAUUCAACAAGCUAUUUUGUCAUUUUCCUUGUGUUAUAUUCUGCAUUUUAACAUUGCAAUAUAAAUUAGGAGUGGCAACAAACCAUGUUUGUGUUGCUUUCAAAAGUUUUGUUCUGAAAGUUGAAACUUUCUAAGUUGAUUGUAAGUUUUAGAUGGUAUGAAGAGAAGGCCAAUUUAGUCUAUCUACAGCUGACAUCUGCUUGAGCUAUUUGUCUGCUCUGCCUCCAGUGUUCCAAAACUUUGAACUCCUUCUGUCAAACCUAUUAGUAUAAUAGAAGAUGGGCUUCUUUGUUUAGCCAGCUGGAUCUGCGGUGAGAGUUUGAAGUCAGGGGCCAGUGGUCCUUCAGAUAUUGGACCUAAUGGUCAGAUGACUGGAGGUGUAGUUCUGCAACAUCUAGGUGACUGUUUCUCCAUUCUUGCUUUAAGCUAAAGAAAGUCACUCUUGACAAAGAGUAAAAUCUUCCUUACAGAAUGGAGGUAGGAAGAGUCUGAGAUGUUCUAAUGCUGCUAUGGACCAGUUAAAUAUUCUUUUUGCACCUGUUGGUGGCUGCACAGCACUUGAGGCUACUUCUGUAACCCUAAAGCAUUGGAUUUUGAGUCCUGAGCCUGUGCCUGCGAAAUGCUGCAAUUAUUGCACUAAACUUUGUUCAAACAAGUCUGUUCAAAUAAAAAUAUUGGUGUAAUUUCA